CCGCUAAGAAGACGUUUGCGGUGUUUAUGACAGCGGGGAAUGUCACAAGAAUUGGGCCUCACAAGAAUGGUCCAGCCAUGUGAAAAAGUGUUCAGAGUAGUCGUGCAGAUGUUUUGUCGGCCACCACGUCAACUGCGAGUGUGUGGCGAAAGGGGCGGACACGAGUAUGCGCGGCGCGCCGCUAAGCGCGCUACCGAUACUUCUACUAUUGAGAGCGUCAGUUCCUCAUUCAGCUUGUACAGAGCGUUUUAGUAGAGAUGGGCUGUCGGAAAGGGUAAACACAUGAUACGGCACUUCAUUAUAGUGCUCUGUGUCCUUAUACUCAAUUAGACGCAGUUUUAUUGCACACGUGGGUCUUAGAUCUUAUUUUGUUUUAUUUUAGUUCAGUUAAAUAAUUUCUCCGCAAACGUUUUAAUUCUGUGUGGCAAAAAAUGCCCGAGUUUAUAUCAGUGGAGGAGUUCAUCUCAGAAACCUUGGAGGACUACAGCUCUCCAACAACCUCGGCUUUUACCACGAAAAUGAUAAGUUGCCGGAAUUCCGUGAACAACAUCGAGGAGGCCCUGGACUGUGACCGAACUGUCCUCCAGAAACUGAAGAAAGCUGCCAAAGCGAAGCAUGUUUCAGGUCAAGACCACAUAUCGCAUCUAGAGGUCUACAUCAAUUCCAUGGAGAAACUCGCGGUAAAUUUCCGGAGCAACGGGGAGCAAGAAGUGGCGUCUGCCUUCAACAAGUUCGCAGAGUUCUCCAAAGAGCUGCUGAUGCCAAUGAAAAACCUGUUGAAGAGCAUGCUUCACAAUAUCAACUUCUUCUUGGAUUCUCUGGUAAAAGGGGACCUGAAAGAGGUGAAAGGGGAUCUGAAGAAGCCGUUCGACAAGGCAUGGAGAGAUUAUGAGAAUAAAUUCACUAAGAUAGAGAAGGAGAAGCGUGAGCUGGCAAAGCAGUAUGGGAUGGUGCGGACGGAGGUGAGCGGAGGAGAGAUCGCUGAGGACCUCGAGAAAGAGCGCAGGAUGUUCCAGCUACAGAUGUGUGAGUACCUCAUCAAAGUGAACGAAAUCAAGACCAAGAAGGGUGUUGACCUGCUGCAGAAUCUUAUCAAGCACUACCACUCCCAGUGCAAUUUUUUUCAGGAGUGCCUGGUGGCCACAGACAGAUUGAAGCAAUACAUUGACAACCUGACAGGGGAACUCACUCAAAUUAAGCACCACCAGGAUGAGGAGAAACGACAGCUGUGUGCCCUCAGAGACCAGCUCAGACCUUCACUACAGCCUGAACUCAAAGAGCCUAGAAGAGACUCGCUUAGCAAACAGACUGUGUACAGUAUGCAUCAGCUCCAGGGAAACAAACAGUAUGGCACAGAAAAAUCUGGAUACCUCUACAAGAAGAGCGAUGGGCUGAGGAGGAUGUGGCAGAAGAGGAAGUGCACCGUGCAGAACUGCUAUCUGACCAUCGCUCAUGGAACCCCCAACAAAGCGCCGGCCAAACUAAACCUGCUCACCUGCCAAGUCAAACCUAGCCUGGAGGACAAGAAGUGCUUCGACCUCAUCUCCCAUAAUCGAACAUAUCAUUUUCUGGCGGAGGAUGAGCCGGACUGUGUGGCCUGGAUUUCGGUGCUGAGCAACAGUAAGCAGGAGGCGCUGAAUGUUGCUCUGGACGAGCGGCGCACCGCUGGUGGGGAGAGCAGCGUAGAUGACCUGACGCGGGCCAUCACUGAUGACAUCAGACGCAUGCCCGGCAACCACAUCUGCUGCGACUGCGGAGCACCAGACCCUGAAUGGAUCUCCACUAACCUAGGCAUCCUGACAUGCAUUGAGUGCUCGGGGAUCCACAGGGAGAUGGGGGUGCACUACUCCCGCAUCCAGUCCCUCUGCCUGGACAAACUGGGCACCUCAGAGCUGCUGUUGGCGAAGAACGUUGGGAACUCUGGCUUUAACGAGAUCGUAGAGGCCAAUCUGCCGAGCCCUUCGCUGAAGCCCAGAGCCGAGAGCGACAUGUCUGUGCGUAAGGACUACAUCCUGUGUAAGUACAUGGAGCUGCAGUUUGCCCAGCACAGUGGGAGCUCUGCAGGCACGCUGCGUCGCCACCUGCAGGAGGCAGUCAGGAGCAGGGACAUCUUCAGCCUGCUGCACCUCUACGCGGAGAGACUAGACCUCAGCCUGCCACUGCCCAGCCCACUGCAGGAGAAGGGGGAGACCGCUCUGCACCAGGCUGUGCUGCUGGCUGACCGUACCUCUCUACACAUGGUGGACUUCCUGGUGCACAACAGCAACAACCUGGAUGCCCAGACGGUCCGCGGGAACACAGCUCUGCACUACUGCUGUUUGCACAACAAAACCGAGUGCCUUAAGCUGCUGCUAAGAGCCAAGGCCAACACGCAUAUCAAGAACGAGGCGGGGGAGACCGGACUGGACUUUGCACACAAACUCAAACACAUUGACUGUGAGGAGCUGAUAAACCAGGCCCAAAAUAACCUGUUUAACAUGCACGUCCAUGUUGAGUAUGAGUGGCGGUUGCGGCAGGAGGACCUGUAUGAGAGUGAUGAUGAGCUGGAUGACAAGAUGGGCCCAGUGAAGAAAGAACGUUCCGGAGGCCGUCCCUUCAGCCUGUACCAGAGCAGCAUGCUGAGUCAGGACCGAGGAGGAGGAGGAGGAGGAGGAGGAGGCGGCAGCGGAGGCGGGGGACUCUUCAGCGUGGGCCGCAGACUGGCUUUGGGCCGAGACCACCGCAGGGAGGUGUACGCCAGCCCCAGCUCUCACACUCGCAGCCUGGACAGCCCCCCGCCACCCCCACCCUCUUCACCUGCGCCCCCCCUACCACCCAGGGUCAGAGUGCCCAACGUGCCACCACCUCCACCCCCCCUCAGCCCCCCAGAGGGCUGGACUGAUGUCAUCAGCAGCAUGGGCAGCAUGGGCGGCGGGGGCAGCAGUAAGAAGCGGACCCCGCCCCCUCCCCUUCUCAUCCGGCACAAGCGCACCUACUCUGAGCCCACGCCCCAGGUCCCCCACAGCCCCCACGCCUCCAGACAUACACACGCUGAUUACGGUGUUCCUGUGAGUUCACGAGCCUUCAGCGGGCCCGAUUCCUCUUUCCAGAAGUGUGGCCCCGGCUCUCCUAAGUACACUGUGACGGCUCUCAACUCCCUCUCUGAGCUGCCGGAGCGAGGCUACCGGCUGGAUGGCGAGAGCAGCGUUGCCUCGUCCCACCUGCUCUACCAGACCCCCCCUCAUCAGUCCGGCAGCAGCAGCAGCAGCGGUGGCGGCGGUGGCGGCGGUGGCGGAGGCCUUGGCCACGGCCUGUCGCUCUCCUCCACCACCCCUCGCUCCUUCAGCAUGGAGUCCAAUGGCUCCUCUUCCUCUUCGUCCUCAUGUCACCAUGGCAACGCGCCACAUCCGUUGCCAAGGAGGGCUCUGAUGAAGCCAAAGCUGCGGCGUGUGAAGGCCAUCUACGACUGCCAGGCCGACCACCACGACGAGCUCACCUUCAACGAGGGCGAGGUGCUGGUGGUGCUGGGAGAAGAGGAUCCUGAUUGGUGGCAUGGCUAUGUGGAGGGCCAGCCCAACAAGAGGGGGCUCUUUCCAGUAUCUUUUGUCUGCUCUCUGACUGAGUGACGCACAACCCGGAGGAGAGCAGACGAUGACUGCCCCUCUCUGGCACCGAUUUCCUGGGAACAGACCCAGGGGACCCUGCGCGCGGUGUGGCCCCCAGGCCAGUGAAAGGAAGGCAGGACAAAGCCGGUACACGCCACAGCCCUCCUUCAGGUAGCACUCCAGGGAGAUGAGCCGAUAUGGGAACCAGGAAGUCUCUCAGCUGCCCCAAGAGCAUUUAAACAGUACUUGAAACAAAGUGUCGGUCAAUCUAAAUUAUAUUAAACCAAUGCAUACACACACCAUGGCGUUAUCAAUGCAGUUGAUUGUGUUUCAAGUAGAGAAAAACAGAAAGUGUGAGGAGUGUGUGAUCACUACAAGUCAAAACACGUGUGUGUGUGUGUGUUUACACAUUAGAAGUGUGCUCGGUGUGAAUGUUACAAAUCAGAGUGAAGUAGAAUAAUAUAUAUUUAUUUUCUGUUGGUUCUGUUCGUAUUAGUCUGAGAAAGUGAAAGUCUGUGUCAUCCCUCUUGAAAUUUAAAUGUGUAAAUAAAGAUUGUUUUUUUUAAUUAAAUGUGCAUUUUAGGGCACGUGGAGUUUGACUGAAGGUGCAUCGUCACCAGUAUCAAGCCAAAACUGUGAGCACACUGCUAAACCUGUGUCAAGAGAAUGUUGGUCACUGUGCUUUUUGGAUGGUCUAGAAUGUUCAAGUCUGAAGAAUCAUUGGUCCUGCUUAAUAUUCAGUAUCCUCACUGCAAUGCAACAAGUAGGUAAUAAAGAAUCCUCUGUACUUUUCCUAUAAGUUCAUAUUGUUACAAAUUAUUAACCCUGAACCCAACACUGACCCCGAUUACAUCUUUUAACACCAUUGACUAAUGCAAGAAGUGCAUUUCCCUCAUCAGGUAUUAAGUGUAUACUAUCUAAAGAUACUCAUUAUAAAGUGGGGCUGAAUCAGCUCUGAGCAACACAGAUAGCACACUGACUCUCCUUGGGAUAGAUCUCUUUAUUUCACAGGAACCACAGUGUAGUCAUGGACAGCGCUGGUGAACAUGACAACAUCAGAAGUAUCAGUACCAGUAAACCCAGAUGCAUAUGCACACAAACUUCCAUAUAAUUUAGUGGAGGAGGAGGCGUGCUUGUACUUGUGGCACUAGGAGGUUCCAGGUUUCACUUCUGUAUUUGAUGGGGAAGUAAGCAAUCUGUAUUUGAGAGACUUGACUGAUCAGUAAAACACUCUCCUCUGCCUAACUCGCACAUUUCUAAAGUGCAUUGGGUCAAGAGGAAGCAGGAGGCUGAUCUCCUCCCAGCACUGUGUUGUGUGUGCUGUCCCCGGUCUCUGAGUGUUUCCUGGUAUUGUUUGCGCUUUGGAUGUGAACAUGGUGUGGAUUUCUUUUUGUUAAUGUUUUUUUUUUUUGGUGGCCGAUUUAAAAAAAACAAUACUUGAAUUGUGUCCCCAGUCACGUGUGAGAGUGUUAGUGUCUGAGGGCAUGAGGCCUCUUGGACAUCUGAUGUUAUUUUUCUACUUUGCACAAUGGGACACCAGGAGUGCGUAGAGGAUAGCCUGGUCUGUGGUUGAUUGCUGUAAUCUACAUAUUGUAAAUUAGGAAUGAACAUGAGCACUAUUAGGUAUUUUAUAAAUGAUUGGAUAGAGAAUGAUAUGGAUGCAGUUUUAUUUUAUUAAACCAGUGAUAAAUUGUACUUGAGCCAGAUGUUCUAGCAUUUUAGCAAGUAUUUUAUGACCAGACAGUAUACAUGGUCAGAUUCCUUUUAUUGACUUGACAUACCUAUACUUGGUAAACUUUGUAAAUAAUUUACAUUUCACAAAAUUGCAGCUGUUUAUUUUUUGUUCUCUGUUUUGAAUAGGCACUUCUUAUUUGUCUGUCAGAAUAUUUUAAUAUGGAUUAUAUUAUCACACUUAUUAAAGUGACAUGAACAAGAAA